AAAUCUGCGAAUUCAUCGUAGGAAUUGAGGGCUUCAAUUUCCACGAUUGGCUUCUGUGAGUCUCUCUCACUCGUCGUGAGCUGAUCCCAGUGGAGCCGUCAUCUACAGUCAUCUUUCCCCUUUCUACGUCGUCGUUUUGCACCCCAUUGCUCCCUUCUCUCCAAUUCAAGAUCAAAGGAAGGUAUGAUGAGAGAAAGUUCCAAGGGCAAGUUUGGAUCCUCUUCUAUUCAAUCCAUGAAGGAGAAGGAAAAACACCUGGUGGAUAAAAUUCAAGGGAUUUUCAGCAAUCUUCAGUGUGCAAGAAAAGAGGGCAGGGGUAGUGACAUUGUGAUCUUUGAGGAGCAGAUGCAUCAGCUUCUCCGCGAGUGGAAGGCGGAACUGGAGUCUCCAGCCACCUCCUUAGCUGAUGGAAGCUUUGAUUCGUUUACCAGUGAACUUGCCCAACUGUUGCAAGUGAUUGAGGAGAAAGAUGAUGCAACUAGUCCAUUAACAAAACCUGGGCCGUUGAAGACUGAGCUCCAAACAAGUAACAUUAAUGACAACAAUUUUCAGUUUUUUCAGGAGAAACAUUUUGAUGAUAACCAACCUCUAGGUCAUAAUUUCGAAGGCUCUGCUUCAACUGUGUACAACAAUGCUUUUAAUAACUCAGAUAUGGAACAGUUGGAUUUUCAUCCAUUCAGUUUAAAUCAAGAUAUGAAUCACAACCAAGUUGGUCACAACUCUGAUUUGAUUGGUCAGGUGGAUUUAUAUCAGGACCUCGGGCAUAACACAGAAAUUAAACACUCAGAAUCAAAUCAAUUUAGCAUAGAAGGUUUUGAUUGUAGCCAAUUCUUUGGAGCUGAGGAUACUGUGCAUCAUGGAGAAAACAUUAUACCUAACAUUCUUCCAAAUAUCUGCCCUCCACCAUCUGCUUUCUUAGCUCCAAAAUGUGCCCUGUGGGACUGUUUCAGACCCGCUCAAGGGGUAGAAUGGUGCAGGAACUACUGUAGCAGUUGUCAUGAGCUGUUGGCAAAUAAUGAAGGUCUUCCUGGCAUGACUCCAAUUUUACGACCAGGGGGCAUUGGUGUAAAAGAUGGUCCUUUGUUUGCUGCUGUUCUUGCGAAGACCCAGGGAAAGGAAGUGGGCAUCCCCAGUUGUGAAGGCGCCGCAUCAACUAAAUCUCCCUGGAAUGCUCCAGAGUUCUUUGAUCUUUCUUUUCUUGAGGGUGAAGCUAUUAGGGAGUGGCUAUUCUUUGACAAGCCUAGAAGGGCAUUUGAAAGUGGAAACAGAAAACAAAGAUCACUUCCAGAUUACAGCGGACGCGGUUGGCAUGAGUCAAGGAAGCAGGUGAUGAAAGAACAUGGAGGACAAAAGAGGUCCUAUUACAUGGACCCCCAGCCUCUUAGUUAUCUGGAGUGGCAUUUGUACGAGUAUGAGAUCAACAACCACGAUGGUUGUGCAUUAUACAGACUAGAAUUAAAGCUUGUUGAGAAAAAGAAAAGUCCUAAAGGAAAAGUGACCAAGGAAUCUCUUAAUGAUUUACAGAACAAGAUGGGACAGCUUACUGCUGCUGUUCUAUCAUCUGAUGAUGGAAUACCCAUCAAGGGAAAAACAAAUGCCAAGUCUGAGAAUGAUGGAUCUCCAGAAAAUUAAAUCAAUACUCAAUCUGGUGAUUUUACCAUAUGACUGACAAACUUGUACAUAUUUGAGGAUAUAUCAUAGCAUGUGAAAGUUUCUUACUUUCCUUCAACAAGGUAAAAGGCAAAUGGAAUUCUCUUUUGGUAGAAUGAGCUCACACUCUUGUGCUGAAUUUGUCGUUAAUUAUACUUUUGAUAUUGGCGUUAUUUGAAGUCUACUCAUAAGAAAUUCGUUAUGUGCUUCAUAGAUUAGAAGUUAGAUCUAUGUUGUUAGGAAGACUCUGCAUACUUUCUGAUGGGUCAGUGUAAGACUCUGCAAAUUUCUGACAUAUUCAUAAACUAAUUAGCAUUUAUUUGGUUGUAAAUGUUCUCUAAUUUAUGGAUUAUUUUCAACGUAUAUAAGUAGUACAAUGCUGCAAUUCCAUGAGGGAAUGCAAACUAGAGUGGGGAAAAUUUAUUGAAAUGGUGAAAUUUUCAAUGUUGUUUUCGAAGAAAAUGAGCUAAAUAUAA